GUUCACUCAUCCUUCAUUCAAGGCAAGUAUCAGACCGCAAGCCCUCUGCUGCUUUGCUGCCUGGGUGCGAAUAGCUGCCAUUGACGUCUCCCGUGGCCGUGAUGGCCACUAGGCCACGGGAGCCGUCGGCGCAGCAUUCUAUAACCAGUCAGCACCUCCACAGAGGAGGGGGUCAUGUCAUGUCGAGAUAACUCGUCCCACCACAUCUCACCCCAACCCAGAGAGACACGCAGCAACAAGGCGAGAGUUCCUCGUCGAGCACACGCCAGGACAUCCAUCCAUCCAUCCAUCCAUUCAUCAGUCGGUGCUGGGCUCCUCCAGUGCAUUCAAUAUCGCAGGCAGACACCGGAAACACUCCGGCAGCCACGGCAGCGACACGAACGGCACCUCCAGACCGUCAAAAGCGAACAGCGUCCUCUCCCGUAUGUCCCGCUUCAGCACACUCGCAUCGCGCAAAGACAGGGAAGGCCCAUCGGCAGCCGGAGGCACCUCCAUGGCGUCAACAGCUUCGUUGUUGCUGUCGUCCUCUGCAUUGUCGCCAGUGGUGGUGUGAUGGUGUCGAAUGGCCGGGAUCUUGGGGUAUCGCUGACUGAAAUGGGUCAGGAUCAGGUACCCACAGCCGGUGCGCUCGGCUGAGAGAACAGAGGGCAGGGAAGAGGUUGCAGAGCGCUGGUGUCAGUGUAUCUCUGUGUCCUUUCUGCGCGUACCGAUUUGGAAGGCUUCGUCGAGUGUGCUGUGGAGCUUCUCGAUGGCCUCGGUGCGCAAACCAUCCUCAAACGUGGCUGACAGAAUGCACGAACACACAACAGCUCACGAGAAAUCGACAGGGCAAUGCUGUUAUAGCCAGGCGCACCUUCGUGUAUCAGCAGGUCACAGUUCUUCGCGAGAAGGGCCACCGCGUCGCAUGGCCGCGUGUCGCCCGAGUAGACCACGUCAGGCAGCCCAUCCAUCGCCACACGAAUGGCUGCGUCAUCAGAGAGGAAUAGUGAGCAUGGGAACCCACAGACAUGCCCACUCUGUCUGCCCAUCUGCGUACCGAAUGAGUCGGGGAUGUGAUCCACGAGUAUGCUGGCCACCCUCACGCCCAGCGCAUCCAGCAGUGCAUGACGCGACGCAACCCAACACGAUGGCGCCUUCUCACCACCACCACCACCGGCAGCAGCGGCAGCUUCACUCUCGCCACCGUCGGUGCACGGCACGGUCCAGCAAGCCGAUUGGUCUUCCUGUGGGGUGAGGUUGACGAAGCUCUCGGGCGGCGUGAAGGGUGCGUCGUGUGGUCGGAUGAUGAAUCCCUCGGCCGGCAGGAAGCAGUGGGGGAUGGCCUCCACACACUUGUGGUAAAAGGAAUAGUACCGCUGAUCGACACGCAUCCACCCGCUGAUACCCGCCCGCCACAACAAGUGUCUGCCUGUGUGGGUGUCUACCUGCAUUUUGUGUGGAGCCAUCAGCACGGGGGCCUGCUCCUGCGGCCACAUCCGCCCCCGCAGCGACAGCAAACGGGCCACACCUGCAUGCACAGUAGACCAACCGCGCCAUACCAUCCAAGUACACACGGGCACAGUUGAUCCACCUACUGACUGACCCAGGUGAUGGUCUGCGUGUAUGUGGGAGACGUACACCACCCUGAACACAUCACAUUGGGAGGGCCGGACUGCCAACCAAUGGUGCAUUGUGUUCGUUGUAUUGGCUCACUUGAUCCGCUUGAGUGUGUCGGCAAAGCUCUCGUCCGACGUCUCGAUCAGCCGCAGCUGUGACACGCUGCCCUCACCAAAGUCGAGCAACAUACCUGCCCCAGAACAGAACAAAACAGAGCACACACACGGCCUCCCUACCUCCACCCAUUCCCCUGUGCUGUGUGUGUCGUGGGUGUUGGCCCCUUACCUACCGAAUGUCCGUGACAUCUCGAGGAGUAUGCCCGACACGUUGCGGAACUGCCCUGGCAUCGCCGCACCCGUGCCCAGGAACCGCACACGGGGAUACACACACCGCUGUGUUGGGUGGCGGGCUGGGGGUGUCUGGUCGUGCAGUUGGCGGCACUUUGCCAGCCGGUCGGCCACCACAGGAGUGUCCAGGCGAGACAGCCGCUGAGAGGAACACGGACAGAAUGAGGGACAGCUGCACAGUGUUGAUCGUCUGACCUUUUUUGAGAAGGUUGGCUUCGCCUUUCUGAGGCAAGAGGAAUCAUCAGCACCGACCUGCACACACACACACACACACACACACAUCCACGCAGCACCUCGCCAAAUGACUUUCGACACACUCUCUCACUCACUCACCCGGACUGGCGGCGAGAGCGUGACCUUCAUCAGUGGCGCCACAGCCACAUCCCCCUGCUCCUCACCCUCACCCUCCUCUUCAUGCCGCCUCUUUCCACCCACCUCGUCGCCAGACGACGCACCCCUCAUCACCGCAUCGCCAUUGCCGACAUCGCCGCUGGGCUGCUCUUGCUCGUCAACGGCCAUGGCGGCCGGGCCGCCGCCAUUGGAGGGGCCGUUGUGCGUGCAUGGCGGGAAGAGUGAGGGGAGUGCUUUCGCGAGGACGGCGUUGAGCGAUGCUGACGAGGGGAAGAAAGACAGCUCAGACGAGGCGGUGUCGCCACUGAGAGAGACAGCCGCGUACGCGCAGGGAAAUGUGUGUGUCACCAGUGGUGUGUGUGUCGAUGGUUACCGGUUGCAGAAAAGGUGCCGCACUUUGAGUUGCGAGCGGGAGGCCAGACAGCGCAUGAGGGCGUCGUAGGAGGCAGUCCUCACCAGCUGAACAUACAAACCAAUCAGACCACCAAAAACAGGUGGAGGGAUAGAUUAGAGGGAUCAUUCUGCAUGUUUUGCUGGGCGCACCGAUGGGUCAGUGAGGUGAAACACGUGCGCCAGGUGGUCAAGGCCAUAUGCUUCACUCCCGCGCGUCAGUGCUUCAGUCUGGCAGGGCGCACACGCACCAUAAGUCAAUGAAUGCCUCCACUUCUGUCGUGCGUGCGUCCAUCCAUCCAUACCAUUUGCUUGACGUGUUGUUCAUUGAGUGGCUGCAGGAUGACGAAGCUCUGCCCCCUGAACCCAGGCUCGCACACGUCCUCCGAGCGCACCUGACACAUACAAAGGCAACACACAUGCACACACACCCCUUACACACGCGCCACACACACAACACCCUCGUCCACCCCACUCACCACAGUGCCGUCCUCCAGAGUGACGCUCUGCCCGCUCUUGAGCUUGCCAAACAGCGGCCCCUUGGGCACCUUAAGCGCAUUCGCCCUCUCCACAUCAAACUUGCCCGCCACAUCGGGGCACCGACCCACACACACGACCGACGUCUGCCCGUCAGCAGGGGAGCAUGUCGGCACCACUGCGUUGGGGAACACCGACGAAAAGCCGGGACUCUGCGAGACGUCGCUGCUGCCGUUGCCUCUGAGGCGCUUGUGGGGGAGGGAGGGGGCAGGGGCGUCGGCUGGUGCUAAGGUGGUGGUGGCCGUGUCGUCGUGAUGUGUGUCUUGGGCGGCCUUGAUGGGCAGCAGCUGGAUGUUGAAUGAGUCGCCCAGGUCGCACUCCGUCGGGGACGAGACCUCGCAUAUCGUCACGUCGAUCUGACGCCUGCAGUGAUGAUAGAGCGGCCAUAGUGCACGGACUGCGUGUGUGAUUGACUAUCAUGCGCUUACAGGAAUGCAAAGGUGCGUCUGACCCACUCGAAGUAGUCCUUGAGCGGCGGAGGCCCCCAUAUGCGGAUGGCGUCGGCACCGCUGCCCUCCAAAGUCAGCAGCAGACCUGUAGACACGUACCGAUGAUUGACGAGCAGUGGAGGGAGUGUCUGUGGCCACCUGGCAGUCCUCCGACGUUUUCUGCGUUGAGUGCAGUGAGGAUGAUGUCACGUGUGCGGGACACACGCAUCCGAUGCUCAAGGCAGAACCUGCACCCAUAUAUCACACUCACACAAUUUCUCGUGGAGUGUGAUAUCUUCUCGUAGCUCAAGCGAUGCCCUGACCUCUGCGUGUUUUCGCCCGCAUUGAUGAGAAUGCUGCAGCCAGGCAGACAGACAAGCACAAGCACAAGCACAAGCACAAGCACAAGCACAAGCACAAGCCAGAUUGUUUCGUUGCUUCAGUCAGUGUCUGGGUCUGCUCGUGUGUGACUGACUGACUGACUGAGUUUGACUGACCGUUCGCCCUCUUUGAAGAGCUGCAGGCCGGGAGGCACCGCCAGGGGGUGUGUGCCCAACACCUGCAGGUGCAACAAUGCGUCACAGACGCUCGAGAUGCAAAAGGGAUGGAACGUGUUGAACGUGCCAUGUCGUGUGCGGCACCUGGGCAAAGAUGUGCAUCGGUUUGACAGUGCACCGUCCCAGAGCCAGAUCUUGGAGUAGCUUGGAUAGCCGAUGCCUCAACAGCUUGCCUCUCUCUGUUUUGAC